AUGUUCUAAACAUAUUCAUUCUCAACAAGGCAGUGGGCAGAAAGGAUCGUUCAGUAUGGGUUCUCUACAAGUGAUCUUUGCUUCAGCUCUCUUCUAUGCUUUACUACUCCCUGGUGAAUGUAUCACAGGAGGCACAGAAUCUACACCACAUUCCCGUCCCUACAUGGUCUCACUGCAGCUGGAAGGCAAACACCAUUGUGGUGGAUUUCUGAUCUCCAGUCAGUGGGUUAUGAGUGCUGCACAUUGCUUCCAGGAUGGCAAUAAUUAUAAGGUGGUGUUGGGUGCUCAUUCGCUCUCUCAGGCAGAGGACACAAAACAAACGUUUGAUAUGGCUACAGUCUAUAAUCAUCCUGAUUUCAACGUUGAGAACUACAAUAAUGAUAUUGCCUUGGUCAAGCUAAAUCAGCCAGUCACAGAGACUGAUGCAGUGAAGCCUCUGGAGUUCCAGAGAGCAGGAGGGAGUGAUCCUGAUACAGAGGCUCUUGUGGAAACUGCUGGGUGGGGCUCACUAGACAACCUGGGCAACCGGCCAGACACACUGCAUGAGGUGACUGUUGCUGUUAUAAAGAGAUUGAUCUGUGGUCGCAGUAACUCCUAUGGGGAAUCCUUUACAACAAAUAUGCUCUGUGCUGGCAAGAUACGCAAGGACACCUGCGAUGUGAGACUGAGACAGCCUGUCAGUAAUCACUAGGGUCACGUCACAUCCAUAGACUGUAUAAAAUCAAGUUCAAUGAUUUCUCAGCAGCAUUAUUUGAACACGAUCAGUUGAUGGCAGAAUGGAAGGAGGCAGUUCUUCUGGGGAAUGCAUGCACUCAUGGCUUUACCUAGAACCCAUCUUUCAGUUUUCUGAAAGGAUUAAAUAUUAGUUUUGUUUUAAAUGUUUGCUUUGUUUGCCGAAAACAAACCACAUUACGGCCUACAAAAACUUGCCAUCCAACCUGCUGGAGUAUAUGGAGGUAUAUAAAGAUUUUAUUCCAAGAGAAAGCUUGCAACGAAGUUGUGUGUGCUUUUAGAGCUAGUGAUAACAUUGCAAUAGCUAUGUAGUCUGAUUAGUCAAACGACUUUCUAUGGAUUUGCCCACCAAGUUGCCAUUGCCUUGUCCACGGCUAACGUUUACACAUAGCUAGUUAACUUGGACACUGUUAGUUAGCAUGUAAAAAUGGAGUUACACUAACAUCAAUAACGUUAACUUAUCUGAAGUCCUUUCAGAAAUAUGUUUUAGCAUAAUCUUGCCAAAUAAACAAUGUAGAAAUCUUUCUUUUUGAGGAGCGUUAGCUACCCAAUAUGAUUUCAAGUUUGAAAAGAGUUUGCUAGCAUGUCAGGUGGAGCUUCACUGUAGCUUAACGUUAAACCACUAUGAUGGCACAGCAUGGGUUCAUUUUGUGAAUUCACAGUUCUGUCUUAGGUAGCGACAUUAGGUAUUGUAAGCGUUGUGGCAAUAAUACAACGAUGUGUUGACAAAACUGUACUUUUAAUACUUAAGUAUUUUUAAAAGCAAAUACUUCAGUACUUUAACUUAAGUAAAAAUUUGACUGUACAACUUUCACUUGCAUUGGAGUAACAUUUGACCAGUGGGAUCUGUACUUUGACUUAAGUAAUGAAGUUGGGUACUUUGUCCACCUCUGCAUGUGACAUUGUUUGAGUAUGUGCUAUUUUUCCUGAAUUUCUUUGUACAUCCUUAACUGGUAAGUGUGUGUGUGUGUGUGUGUGUGUGUGUGUGUGUGUGUGUGUGUGGCUGCACGAGAUUAAAACUGAGAUCUAAAACCAAGAUUUUAGAGUACGCAGCCACACACACACACACACUUUGCCAUAAAUACUAUCUGUGGAUCAUGUAAAAAGAUUUUGCAGCAUGAGGUCUCAUGUCUGAUACACUUUCCUAUGUGCCCACUACCAAAUAAUCUUUUUUUAAUUAUCGAAAUUAGAUGAAACAUAAAACUUGUCACCUUACUCACACCAGAGUCAGAUAUUUACUACUAUAGUCACCUAAAUAUAAUAUAUAUAGAUUUAUAUUUAAAUAAAAUAUAAUAUUCACUACUAUAGUCAUCUAAAAUAAUAUAUAGAUUUAGGCACUGCCUAAAAGCGGAGCUCCCAUCUGUUUCUGGGUUGUAAAAUUUUCUGCCAGCCUCUUUUGUUUUAUUUCUGUAUCGGCUAACGCUGGCCAGUGGCCACUAGGCGGUGUGUAUGACUCGUAAUUACUAACACUGGCCACUAGGCGGUGUGUAUGACUGGCAAUUACUAACACUGGCCACUAGGCGGUGUGUACGACUGGUAAUUACUAACAUUGGCCACUAGGCGGUGUGUAUGACUCGUAAUUACUAACUCUGGCCACUAGGCGGUGUGUAUGACUGUAAUUACUAACUCUGGCCACUAGGCGGUGUGUGUGUAUGGCUGUAAUUACUAACUCUGGCCACUAGGCGGUAUGUAUGACUGUAAUUACUAACACUGGCCACUAGGCGGUGUGUACGACUGGUAAUUACUAACACUGGCCACUAGGCGGUGUGUACGACUGGUAAUUACUAACACUGGCCACUAGGCGGUGUGUGUGUAUGACUGUGGUUACUAACUCUGGCCACUAGGCGGUGUGUAUGACUGUAAUUACUAACUCUGGCCACUAGGCGGUGUGUACGACUGGUAAUUACUAACACUGGCCACUAGGCGGUGUGUGUGUAUGACUGUAAUUACUAACUCUGGCCACUAGGCGGUGUGUAUGACUGUAAUUACUAACUUUGGCCACUAGACGGUGUGUAGGACUGGUAAUUACUAACACUGGCCACUAGGCGGUGUGUACGACUGGCAAUUACUAACACUGGCCACUAGGCGGUGUGUAUGACUGUAAUUACUAACUCUGGCCACUAGGCGGUGUGUAUGACUGGCAAUUACUAACACUGGCCACUAGGCGGUGUGUAUGACUGUAAUUACUAACUCUGGCCACUAGGCGGUGUGUAUGACUGGCAAUUACUAACACUGGCCACUAGGCGGUGUGUAUGACUGGCAAUUACUAACACUGGCCACUAGGCGGUGUGUAUGACUGGUAAUUA